AUGUCGGCCACAGCUACAGAAACGACAAUUAGCGCCCAGUCUGCCGAGCAGACGACGCCACAGUCUGUUUCCAAGAAAUCCGAAUUUUUCGAAGAUGUGCACUUCCUCGGAGAUGCGCAAGGGAAAAUCGUAAUUCGCUCCCCGCCUGUAUUUUCAAAUAAGCUCGAUGAGCGCGAAUAUCAGAAGCAGCACCUGGCGGCUGCUUUUAGAGUAUUUGCAAAGCAGGGGUUUGAUGAGGGGGUAGCUGGGCAUAUCUCUUUGCGUGAUACUAUCAACCCAGACAAUUUCUGGAUCAAUCCCUUGAGUAUGCAUUUUUCCAUGAUCAAAGUUUCUGACCUAGUCUUGGUCAAUGAAAAAGGCGAGGUUAUCCAAGGAGGUGCUCAGCAUCCCAUUAACGGACCUGCUUUCGCCAUUCACAGUGAAAUCCACAAAGCUCGUCCAGACCUGAAUGCAGCCUGCCAUGCCCACUCUGUUUAUGGAAAAGCAUUCUCUUGUUUUGCUCGUCCCCUUGAAAUGAUUUAUCAAGACGCCCUUCGGUUCUAUAACGACUUGGCCGUUUACAAUCGUUAUGGAGGUACCGUCCUGUCCACACAAGAGGGACAGCGCAUUGCAAAAGCUCUAGGACCAACCUGUCGGAGUGUGAUUUUGCAAAACCAUGGCAUGAUUACAUGUGGCAGGACCGUUGACGAGGCGGCCUUUUUGUUUAUUGCCCUCGACCGAUGUUGCCAUGCGCAGAUGAUGGCAAAUGCAGCCAGCGGCCCCGGCUGGGAAAAGAUCAUAAUUGGCAAGGAAGAAGCAGAGAUGACUCACAAGAAGAGUGGGAAUUCUAGCAAAAUGUGGCUGGCCUUCCAACCAUAUUAUGACCAAGCCGUUAAGGAGGACCCCUCAUUGUUGACUUGA